CGGAUCGAUAGACGUCCGUGUCUUGUGUGCAUGCAUCUGAGCGAAUCGGCGGGUUAACAAGCAGGCAAAUGUGGCAAUGGCACAUCAAAACGGCGCCAACGUUCACCAAAACACAGGCUUUCAAUCAUCUCACCAACCACACCAAUCAGCUCCGUUACCCCGUCCCUCACAUCAUUGCGUCCGUUCGUCUGGUGGUGGUGGCACCACAUCCCUCCCGCCAGAGGCAGAGACAGGCAUCACACGAGACCUCGAAAAUGACCUGUCGACUCUCUCACGAACCCACUCGAUCGGCCCACCGCCUCCUAGAGCUGAGGACACCAUAGGGCGGUCGUCGUCAUGGUCCUCUUCAGGGCCCGGGAUAGGAAUUGGGGCACCAUGCGAACGGAAAGGAUUUGAGAGGGUGCCAAAACCGUCCAUCUGGCCGUCAAGGGAAGGGGGCGGGUCGUCCUUCACAGACAGUAUCACACAGGGAUUGUACAAUGCCACAAGGACGGACGAGCAGCGCAGCAGUGGAUAGAUGUGCUACAUACCUGUCCCGAGCAGCAAAUGCCGCUUGGCAUUGGAGAACGCACGGUCGGUUCAUUCGUCACGUACUUGCCCGGGACGCCGCCGACCUCCCUGUCCAGAUUGACGGCUCCUGAGAAGGAGACGCUCUUUCUCCUCUCACCGGCGGCCGCCUCGCUGGCGCCAUGCGAUUGGGCCGGUUCACUCUGCAACCCGGUCGGCUGGUCGGCGAGCCUGGACUGUCGCCGCUCCUGGUGCCGCAGCAUGACCGUCUUCCGUUUCUGCGCCAGCCACUUCCUGUGAUGCUGAAAAGACAAAGGAGGGAGGGAGGGAGGGAGACACGAGUGGGCAAUGCGCGAAUGAGUGUGCGUGAGGACAGUGUCAUACGUGUGUGCGAUAUGUGUGUAUACCUGCUGCAGGAAGGGGUACAUGAUUAGGAUUUCGUCGAUGUCUCGUCUUGACAGUAUGAUGAUCUGGCAGUGGCUGCCGCACACAGCCGUGUAGCGGCGUCCAGGCGCCACGCCGUGAGCGGCCCUGUCGCCGGGACGGGGCGACAAGUCCGCACCUUCCUCUGCGGCAGACGAGGGGGGCGACUUGAUUGUCUCGAGGGCGUCCUCCCACAGCACCGACUCCCCCACAUACGAGGGGGCUCUGAAGAAGAGAGAAGCAGACACGGAAAUCGGCUUGGGGCUAUUGAUUGCCUUUUGGAUGGUUCUGUGUGCGUGUAUUUGACUGACCUCAUCACGACUUCCUCAUCUUUGCGGACGUAGUCGACGUCGUCGAUCUGCAGGCAGAGACGGUCAAACGAUGGGUAUACGCACAUAUUACACUUUCCAUAUGUGGGCUCCGACGGCUCACGUCUUGCCUUGAGUUCCAUAUCCUCUCCUUGAGCUUCUCAAUAUACAUGCGAUGCUGAGAAACACACGUCCAGCAAAUUAUCAAGGUAUGAAGCAGCCCCUCCCUCCCUCCCUGCCUCCAUCCAUGCAUCUCUCUGUACGUACCUCCUCGGGCGUCAUAGACGUGGCGAAAUUCCUGAGGGUGGAAGCCUUCUUGCCCAUCUUCUCCCUCCGCCUCCUUGUCGUGGCCAUCCGCGUGAAGGUCUUGGUGAUCUUGCUGCGCUUGUCGGCCGCCCCCGCGGCGCCCAUGGCCUCAUCCACGUCUGACCUCCCGAUGGAUGCCGCCAGAUCCUCCAUGGCGGAAUGGUCUGGGGGAGAGAGGACGAAAUGAAAAUGUCUGUGUGUGUCAUAAGGCCUCCUCGCCUGCGUGUGUGCGUGCGUACCUGUGCCGAGCACGAGCCUGCCUAAGGUGAGGAAAUAUACGUUGUCGUCGAUUUGGCCCCUCUCGAAGAGCACAUCGCCUGGGCCCUGCCACAUCCACCUGCAGGGAGAAAGGCAGAGCCAGCCAGCCAACCAGACAGACAGACCGUGAUGUCACCCAGUCUAGCAUACAUCGCAUGUGUAAUGGUGACAGUCAAGACGCUUUCCCUCACCUGGCUCGCUCGGCGAGUGUCUCGAUACAACUGGGGUACGCCGCCAUCCACUUAAGGAAAGGGGCGGCCUGUCGAGCGACGGCAAUGAAUGCACCGAGACGCGAUCGAUUCGUGUCUCACGUAUAUGUGUGUAUGUGUAUCUGUGUGUAUGUGUAUAUGUAUGUGUAUGUAUGUGUAUGUGUAUGUGUAUAUAGCUGACCGCCAUGUACUUGCCGCAGACGUGCAUGGCGACCUGACGCCUCAGAGUGAGAGACAGCUGAGGCAGCAAAUCCUGCUCCCUGUGGCCACACACACGUAUGUCACACAUCCAUCCCACCCAUGUGAGCAUUCAUGUGUGUCGCCUCUGAGUUCGUGUGUGUCUGACCGUAGGGCCAAAUCAUUAUCCUGGUCCCAGACAUACUCAAGGUGACGGCGAAUGCGGCCUGCAGCAGAUAGUCGCAAACAACGGCCAUGUCUCUUCCGGUGCAGUGCUGUGCCGCCAUGUGGAUAAGAUUAUGCCUUUGAGGGUGAUGGGGAAAUCUCUCCAUCGAAGAUAACGGCCAAGAUUCGUCAUCUGAGCACGAUACCUGUGCGCACACACAGACACACAGACACACAGACACACAGACACACAGACACACAGACACACAGGCACACAGACAGACAGACACACAGACAGACAGACAGAGUGAGAUAAUGUCCUGUGUGCCCGCUUGUGUGUCUGCUUGCUUGUUAUAUGGCCGACCACUCAUUGGCCAUGGCGGAGCUGCUGAGGUGCUGUGUGAUGGAGCCGAGGGUUGCACCGAAGACCGCCACGGCACUCAGCAGGAAAAGCACCGUAAACACCCUCUCGGCGUGGGUUAUCGGCUGGAUGUCGCCUGUACACCGGUGGGCGAGUCAACACGUGUGUGAUUCCAUUCAUUGGCUCUUCUGUGUGAGCGUACCAUAGCCGACAGUAGUCAUGGUGGUGAGUGUGAAGUGCAUAGAGAAGACGUACAGGUGCGGGAGGCUGCCCUGCAGGUGCUCCGGCACAAACUCUGUGAUCCACGACUCACCGUACGUCUUGGUCGUCUCGAAACCAAGCCUGCGUGUGGUGUGGGAGACACACUCUCUCUCUCUCUCUCUCUUGUGUGUGUGAGUGUGUGUGUGCGCGUGUGUGUGAGUGUCUGUGUGUGUAGACACAGAUGCGUCCCAUGCCCAUGCGUACCUGUACCAGAUGCAGGCAAAGUAGUGCGACAUGAGCAGCAGUAUCAGCACCGCUCGGAAGAUCACGAUCGACGACGUGAACAGCGCUGCCCCAGAGAACAUGUCUUCUAACCUGACAUGAAUGCGCACAACCAUACCCACAGCUCCAUCGCUUUCCUCCCUCUCCGACCGACCUCUGGAAGAAUCUUGUCAGCUUUGCGAGGCGCAGGAGCUUGACGGCUCGAAUGAACCUGCUGAACUUGAGGAAGCGGAAGAGCCUGACGCCGCUGGCGCGCUGGUCGUCGUCCGGGAGUAUCCAUGUGAUGGGGAAGGCGGCGAGGAAGUCGACCCAGAACCAGGUCUUGAGGUAGUUGACGGCGAUUGAGUGCGGGUUGAGCACCAGCACGUCGUCGCGGUAAUAAGCGGUGAAGAAGUUAAGAACCAGGUCGCACAUGAAAUACACCGAUAUCGCCUUGUCGACGGUCGUCCUGCAGCCCCGUGGUUGACGACGGACACAGAUGACGAGAGAGACAGAGACACCCACAACACGAUCGAUGGCGUGGCGUGUUGCCUGUUUGAUGAUUGAUGUCUCGAUCGCACCAGAUGAAUUCGGGGCUGGGCUCGAAUGCGAUGAUGUAAGGUAUUCUUAACGCUUCCCAAAGGAUGAACACGAAACCCAGAAUGUCCCACAGCGCCCUCAACAGCCCGUCGGGAUGCACAAUCGGCACCGAAAUCGUCCUGCUCACUCCGCACAGGGUGAAGUGGAUCGGUGUCCACGUGCGCGUCUUAAUCUUCCUCGCGUCCUGAUCUUCCUGCUCGUGCCUCAGGGAUAUCCCGUCCAUCGUGGUCAGCGUAGCGCUCGACGCGCCCACCUGCGGCAAAUGCCACUUGACCCUCGUCAUGUCCUCCUCCACCCCUCCCUCCCCCUCUUUCAAAGGCUGCUUUGCCCCCGCUCUGUCCUCGAUCACCUCCUCCUCUCUCUCCAUCUCCUUAUACUUGACACCAGCACUGCUCAGCUGAGAGCCGAGACGAUCCAGGCUGGUGGCAGGCCGCACUGGUUGGCUGAUGUCGUCAUCUGCUGUGGCUGGAGGGGCUGCGCGGCCGCCUUGGGGAGGCAGUUGGACGACUGGCUGGGAGGAGAUGGGGCGGGAUGGCGGUGGGGAGGGGGGCGCGGAGGUGUGAGGGACACCUGGCAGCUGCCGCGCCAGGGAGGGGGACGACAGGCUGUUCACUUGCUCCGUCAACACAUCGAGUCGGGAGCCAAUCUGACAUGCAUGGUGGACCAGAGACAAGAAGCUGCAAUGAAUUGUUCUUGCGCAUCACCCUGUCAGCUGACCUUGAGCACUUGGUCGAGUAUCUUGUGCAGGAGCUCCUCCACAUGCGGGCUGGUCUGCUGGGAGGGCGUGAUGCCGCCGGUCGAGUAAGGGUAGUGUACCACCUCCGACUGCCUGGACGCUCGGUGCGCAUCGAUGAAGAAAGACGAGCCCUGCAGCGCCACGCACGCAUGCAACGACGCAACCAGCGGAAUUAUGGAGAGGGAACGUGUGCUCUGUUUGUUCCUUCAUUCCAUCAAGUAACCUGAUGCACGUGUGUCGGCAGCUGGAGAGUCGACUUUCUGCCAGCGCCUGACGCCGGGCUGGCGGAGCCAGACGGACGUACGUGACUCCACAU